CCACCUGUUGCCAGAGGAUGGACAUUUGAGACAUUCGCUUCAACAUCAACGGUAAACAAACAAAACUCAGCUGUGACGCACCAGGAGCCUCACCACCACUCUCAGCAUGUCUCAACAGCGAUUGGACUUGCCCUAUUUGGGUGAACCUGCUCAAGCAAGAUUGAUGCCGCGCUCAAUAGCUGGCAGUGUGUCAGCGCUCUCCACCACCUCACGAAUCUCAAGAGUAUCUCAUGCCACUACCAUCCGCUCUGUGGCUUCCCUCACGGGCACACUCAAAACUAGGACUGGCUUGUCCAUCCCCAUUCUUCCUGAUGCUUUCAUCACCAAUGUGCAGCGGGGCUCUUUGAUCGCUGCCACAUAUUCCAUAAUUCAAGGACUUUUUGCCAUGGUGACUGGAUUGUUUGACAUCUAUGCCCUGUUUCUUGCUGCACCAAGCUCCAGUCGCUAUGGAUUCUACUUGUUCUCUUAUGACUUUGUGUAUGCAGGCAAUCAAAAUGUACGGAAUUCUUUGAUGCUGUUUGGAGGAAUAACUGCAGCUGGAGGACUGUCUCUCAUUGUAACCAGUGUGCUGUUGCUGCAAGGCCUGAGAAAGGAGAACGAGAUGCGUCUUGAGCCAUGGAUCUGGUGCAUGGCUAUCUUCACAGUGUGGCGGUCACUUGUCAUCAUCUAUGCAUCGAUUGUCAAUGAUAUGGUCUUCACCUACCAUAUCCUCAUGUGCCUGUUGUGGAUUCUCUUCAUCCUUGGAAAUGUGUAUGCCUGGUUGGUUGUCCACUCCUUCUACCAUGAGCUGUGUGAAGUUACCAAGCUGGAGGAUGUUGCUAGAGUCAAGAUGGAGACUAUGAGCACCAUGGGGUACAGUUGUCCUACCACUCCUGGAGCACAAUCCACUUAUUCCACACAGAUGGAUUAUAAAGUCUAGAAUCUCUGUCUAGAUACAUUGUGUCCACUUGUAAGGAUGGAGGUAAUGAGCUCAUUUACUGCUUCACGACCUACCACUCCUGGCACAAAGUCUGAUGUCACGUCCAAAAUGAUUGCCUGAGUAUUACAGGUCUUAAGAUGCAAUUCUUGUGCAGCUUGAGAGUUACAAUUUUUUUUUUUUUUUUUUUUUAAGCACAAACUGCAUUUGUAGAUUUGAUAGAUAUAUUAGAACAGUCCAUCCACAGCAUGAUGUAAUAUCUGCUUUGGUCUAGUGGUGUCACAUCUCAAGUUUUAUUUUGUUUAAGAAUUAUAUACAGAUUGGUACAUAGAUAGAUAGACAUAUAGAUAGCCUGAUUUUUAAGAGUUAGUUUUUCAUAGAAUAAUUUCCUAGAUUAAAUACAAAAGACUUAUUUUUCUUGGAAAUAUCAGAAUUGUUACUUUUAUUUAGCAUGUAGAAACUCAAAUGAUGUGCAUUUGGCUCAUAUCUGAAAGGUCCAGUGUUCAGGUUCCAGUCAAGCUUGUACUUAUGAGUUUUCUUUACUGGACCUCAUGUUCACCUUGUGUAGAAGAUGCAUUAAAUUGUUUUUAGAUACAAUGAGUAUGCAUUCAAGGUGUUUGCACUAAUUCCUGCUGCCUUUGACCAUGCACAUCAAGAAACAAAAUAUGUAUAAGCUUGAUUAUAGUUUGAACAGUUACAUUUUUGUAAUUUCCAAGUAUUGUGUUAGUCCAUAAGAUUUCAUUCCAUUCCACUGCAUACCUAUUCAGUAUACAGUGCACGGAAAACAUAAUUUAGAAUCUUUAAUGGAUUAAUUUUGGUUGUAUUGAAGAUAUUAUUUGAAUAUAUCUCUAACACACAAACUGCCAACAGUGUCCAUCCAAACAAUCCGUCCAUGAAAUAUUAACUUAUUUUCUGAUGUAUAUUUUAAUAAAUGUAAUAAUUGUU